CGGGGCGAGGCGGCGGCGCGACAGGGCACGGCGCGGCACGGCGGAGGAUGCGGCGGCGGUGGCGGCUGCAGCAGGCGGCGGAGGAGCGGGGAGCGAUGCGGUACUGCGCGGCAGGGCCCUGGCCUCACGGCGGGGGUGCCCUCACCACUCUGCUGCUGACAGCUUUUUUAUUAAGCUGUGCUGAAGGCAAUAAUGGAACAGUUAACUGGACGACAAAGCAAGCCCACAGUUAUAUUAUCAGCAGAGUAAAGGCUGUUGAGAAAAAUGUGUACACGAUUCUGUCUAAGGUGCACUCUGAUCGGAAUGUAUACCCCUCUGCUGGAGUUCUUUUUGUUCAUGUUUUGGAGAGAGAGUACUUUAAGGGGGAAUUUCCUCCUUACCCAAAGCCUGGUGAAGUAAGUAAUGAUCCUAUAACAUUCAAUACCAAUUUAAUGGGUUACCCUGACAGACCUGGAUGGCUACGCUAUAUACAAAGGACACCAUACAGUGAUGGAGUGCUGUAUGGCUCACCAACUGUAGAAAAUGUGGGCAAACCAACCAUCAUUGAGAUCACGGCGUAUAACAGGCGUACCUUUGAGACAGCACGACAUAAUUUGAUCAUUAAUAUAAUGUCAGCAGAAGAUUUUCCCUUACCCUAUCAAGCGGAGUUCUUCAUAAGAAACAUGAACGUAGAAGAAAUGUUGGCAAGUGAGGUUCUGGGCGACUUUCUUGGAGCUGUGAAAAAUGUUUGGCAGCCAGAACGUCUGAAUGCUAUAAACAUUACUUCAGCCCUCGACAGGGGAGGGAGAGUUCCACUUCCCAUCAAUGACAUGAAAGAGGGUGUCUAUGUUAUGGUUGGGGCAGAUGUUCCGUUCUCUUCCUGCUUACGAGAAGUGGAAAACCCACAAAAUCAACUGAGGUGCAGUCAAGAAAUGGAGCCUGUAAUAACCUGUGAUAAAAAAUUUCGUACUCAAUUCCAUAUUGACUGGUGUAAAAUCUCUCUGGUUGACAAUACAAAACAAGUUUCCACCUUUCAGGAAGUGAUUCGUGGCGAGGGGAUCUUGCCCGACGGUGGAGAGUACAAGCCACCUUCUGACACGCUGAAAAGCAGAGACUAUUACUCGGAUUUCCUAAUUACACUGGCAGUGCCCUCGGCAAUAGCACUGGUGCUUUUUCUAAUACUUGCCUAUAUCAUGUGCUGCCGACGGGAAGGAGUGGAAAAGAGAAACAUGCAAACACCAGACAUCCAGUUGGUCCACCACAGUGCUAUACAGAAAUCAACCAAAGAGCUUCGUGACAUGUCUAAAAACAGAGAGAUCGCGUGGCCUCUGUCGACGCUGCCCGUGUUCCACCCUGUCAGCGGGGAGAUCGUGCCGCCCCUGCAUGGCGACGCCUAUGACAACACCAGCAUGCCGCUGAUGCAAACGCAGCAGAACCUUUCACAUCAGACUCAGAUUCCACAGCAGCAGAGUGCAGGUAAAUGGUAUUCCUGAGGAAAGAAAACUGACAGAAGCAAUGAAUUUGUAAUCAGAGAAAGCAGCAAGCUGUGUUACUGAUUUGUAGUGACUGAUGCAUGAGUUUUUCUGGUAUAUGUUGUGCAUGCCCACAGUAUUUAGAUGACUUCAGUGCCAGAGAGUACAACCACUUCCAUGUAACUAAUGUACUGUAUCCUUUUGUACUUCAGACAUUUUUUGACAAUUUCUAAACACUGAUAACUUUUUAUAUUUGUUACAUUCAGAAAAUAAUCUUUCAAAUAUAUGUACUAAUAAAUAUCAAACUUUAUCCUGUCUUGGGAUUUCUCCUGAAAGUUUUAACAGGGAAAUCAAAACUUCAAACUAAGCUCGAGGUUCAAAGGGUGUCAGGCCCUGUUGGAUGGGAUGAUGUCAUUAAUUGCCUUACGUUUGUGCACCAGAAGCAGUUGUGUAUAAGCAUGUGAACUUGUGCAAUAUGAGGCUCAGAAAUGGUAUUCCACAUUUAUUAAGCAGUACUUUUGUAGAGAUUAUAGACAUGUAAUGAGCAAAGUUAUUUUUUGAUGAAAAAAACCCCAAACCCAACCAAAAACCUAAAACUGUUCUUGUUGAAAAUUGCAUUUCUGUUCCUUUACCAGCUAUUUAACCUAUUUGACAUCUUGUAAGCAAUAACAAUUUAAAAACUGUCCACUUCUCUGGUUGUGGUAGAAGAAACUUACAAACAACUGUAGGUAGAAAUUAAUCUCUGCAAGUAAGCAAGGGUAAGUUUUGUUACAGUAUACAGGGGUCUUUUUAAAAAUAUUCUUUACACUGUUUUGGUGACAUUCCUGGUGCCCCAGUGCAGGUUGGUUUUUGUACCCUCUGCAUUCUUUGUUCUUUUUGAAGCAGAAGAGAGAGAAUUAUCUAUGGAGUAAACCACAGAUUAUUUUCUAGCACCUUAAAAAGGAGUUAAUUAAAUAGGUACUUUUCUGAGCAGUGGCUACUUUCAGAGGCUUUUGUCUGCGCAGCUGAAAGCUUAAUAAUAUGAAUUUUGUUAAAAGGCUCAGAACUGAGGUUUCUUUAUUUUUCAAUAGAUGGUGAUAGUGAUGUUUUUCUAAUGCUGCUUUAAAUCCUUAAAUACAGCAGAACACAAGACUUGAGGGUUUCCAGCUGUAGCAGCUCACACCAAUGGUUCUUGGGCUUGUACCUCAAAGCACUAGAUUAGCUUAAGCUGACAUGCUUUGUCUCUUUCCUGUAAUCUUUUCUCUUUCAGAAGCUGCAUGUCCAUGGGGUCAUUGCACUGUAAGCAGAAAGCUGUGGCUGCUUUAACAUUGUAAAUGCUGGCUACCUUUCCUUAGCUGAGGUUCGGAGAUGUCUACUAGGAUAAAUUUUGAGUAAUUUAGGAAUUUAAGACUGAGGCUGAAAAGAAACUGUAAAAGAAGUUUAUUGACUACCAAAGUAGUCACUGGCCUUUUUUUUUCGUCUUUUCACAGUUACAACCUUGUUCCUUCAAAACACAAACAUUUUUUUAGGUACAUUUUUAAGAACACAGUGCUGUGUUGAUCUGCAUAAGACCUGAGUGCAACUCCUUGGCAGACAGUUAAGUCCUGAGCUGCUUAUUAGGCACCUUUUGUGCCCCUGGUAUGCUGACUAUUGCAGUGGAGUACAUGAUCAGUGCUCAGUACAUUGUACUUACUUGGAUAUUAUUAAGCUUUAAAUGUUGGAGUUUGCAGGGCUGCCCAAAAUACUGAGCACAGCCAACAGACUAGGUUAACAGAGCCCUUCCUCCUCACCUUCAGUGGCAUGCCUACCUCCGCCAAAAGGUGCCAGAGAGAUGUCAUCCACCAAUCAGCCUCCUAAGAGACCCCUCAUUUUUCCUGCAGCUGGGAUGGUUAUUGGUGAAAAGUGAAUUAGAAAACUGCACCCUGAGAUUUUAGUUAACUAAAUUAAUACUGUGCCUUUCUUACCCAAGCUUGAAAAAUCUGAGUACGCUCAGCAUUCGGUUUCUACUUGUUUCUAUUAGUUUCUACUCCUAUUGUCAAGUUUAUGAGCUGACAGUGCUUUGAAACAGAGAUGAAUGGAACAGAUUUUAAAUAGUGAUUUUUAGCGCAACAUAAGACUAAACUUUGUAAAUAGCAUUGGGUUUGGAUCAUAACAAUUUCUAAUAACUUGAGGAUGACACGACAAUCAAUUAACUACCAGUUGAGCUGCUCCCAUCUUGUUUGUAUUAAUACCAGCACCAAUACAUUUAAGGAUAUUCUGUUCUGCAUAAUCAGUUUGUACCAGUGGAUGCUCUACUUGUUCUGAAAGGAAGCCAAGGAUGCAGAUGAUGGAUAUUAAGCACACUUUUAUGAGUGAAAGCUUCAGUUAUGUGACGUAAAUUUAAUAACAGAUUAUUUAUUUUUACUUACUAAAAUGAUUACUAUGGAAGCACAGAUUUAUAAAGCUGGCUAAAGACACUUAAUAGCUAAAAAAUGAGCUAAAGGUGCUGAUAGCUGAACCGUCUGUUCACAGCCUCUUAAUGAUGUAUGAUGACAGUAUGAAAUUGUAUUGAUCAAGUGACAGUUGCAACCAAAUUAGCGAACAAGCACUAGGGAUGUCUCUGUAAAUAUAUGAAAUGUAAAACCUAAUAAACAGGAAAAUGUGAA